CCCCAGGAAGAGAAGUCCAUUGAGCAGCAGCAGCACGCGGUUAUCAAGCUGCGUCGCUAAGUUUCCAGAUCGCCACUUCCCAGAGCCAUGUCAUCCGCUAUCGCCGCCGCCGGCAAGCCGUCGCUGUCCGCCUCCACCAUCGUCGCCGCCUCGACGAGCGGGUGUCACAUCCUCAAGAUUGAAGGUUACUCGCGCACCAAGGGAAUCCCCACUGGUCAAGUUCUCUUUUCGAGCCAAUUCGCCGUCGGUGGCCAUCGCUGGCGCAUCUGCUAUUACCCCAAUGGCGAUGAGUCCGACACCGCGGACUACAUAUCUGUUUACCUUUUUUUUUCUGACUACAUAUCUGUUUACCUAAUGCUCGAUGAAGAUGUAACCGAGGAUGUGAAGGCGCAGUUCAAGAUUUAUUUUGCCAAGCUGGUCGAGAAGCAACCGUCAUGGACAUCGAGAACUGUCAGAAACUUCCCUAGUCAGGAGAUGAGGGGAUAUCGAAAGUUCAUCGAAAGGGAGUAUUUUGAGAAGUCGGAGCAUCUCAAGGACGAUUCUUUCACAAUCAAGUGCGACGUUGCUGUCGUCCGCGACAUCUGCACCAAGGAGAUCACAGCUCCGAAGUUUGUCUCUGUGCCUCCACCUGAACUGAACCAGCACCUCUGUGAUCUCCUCAAGACCGAGAAGGGCGCCGAUGUUGUGUUUGAAGUAGGCGGUGAGACGAUUGCCGCACAUCGGUGUGUUCUCGCAUCCCGAUCCUCAGUCUUCAACGCGGAGCUCUUCGGUUUUAUGAAGGAGGGCGACACUGCUGGUGUCGUUCGCAUAGAUGACAUGGAAGUACAGGUGUUCAAGGCAUUGCUCUACUUUGCAUACACUGACUCGUUGCUAGAGACAAAAAAGGAAGAGGAAGAUGUCAUGUGCCAGCAUCUGCUCGUUGCGGCGGACAGGUAUAAUAUGCAAAGGCUAAAGCUGAUCUGCGAGGAAAAGUUAUGUGAGUACAUCGAUGUGGGCACCGUUGCCAUCAUCCUGGCGCUUGCUGAGCAGCACCACUGUGAUGGACUGAAGAAGGCAUGCUUUAAUUUUCUCAGUUGCCCGGCACAUCGGCGAGCAUUUGUGGCCACCAAUGGCUUCCAGCAUUUGUAUAAGAGCUGCCCUUCUCUUGUGACGGAGCUGAUUGCCAUGCCCUCACCAUCUUAACUCAGCUGACGCCCAG